AUGAAUCUCCUCACUAUCCUCCUUACCACGGCGUCUCUGGCCCUCGCCGUCGACCAAAACCACAACAGUCACUGCGGCACGUACGCCUCUAACAUCGAAGGCCUCACCCAAGCUGGCUACAAGACAGGCUGGAUCCUCGACCGCAAGAACUGGACUGCCCUGCCCGAAGUCUUCGCCCAAGACCUCUACUACGACAGCUCAGAACUCGGCUCCUACGGCGGCGUUAGCAAUGGCAUCGAUGAGGCUAGAACUGCACUCGAAGCCUCGAGCAAGGAUACCAGGACAGAACGUAUCGUGACGAAUUUGUGGUUGAAGGAGAUGGUUGCACCGGGGAAGGCAAGAGUGCUUACACAGAUCACGCUCUCGCAUUGGCAUGAUACGGCUCUGGAGGAUAUCAAGAAGACGUAUCGGAUCUACUAUAUGUGUGAUGAUAUCUGGGUCUGUCAGGGCGGGGAGUGGAAGAUGUGGAAGAGUUAUGUGCAUAAUAUGGGGCCUGGGGUGGAGGCGCCGUACUUUGGGAAGGGGAAUCCUUUAUUGGCGCAGCAGUAUUGA